AUGUAUCGGGUCUCAAACAUAUACGUGCUUGCUGCGUUUGGAACCAUCGGAGGUGGCCUUUUUGGCUUCGAUGUUAGCUCAAUGAGUGCUUGGAUAGGUGUGAAAGCCUAUAAAGACUACUUUGGGAAUCCUGAUUCUAAUUUGCAAGGCGGCAUUACGGCAUCCAUGUCAGCUGGCUCUUUCGCAGGGUCAAUUCUAGCUGGCUGGUUAUGUGAUUAUAUCGGUCGUCGACGCUCCUUGAUGGUAGCUUCAUGGAUAUGGAUCAUCGGAGCUAUGGUUCAAUGCAGUGCGCAGAAUGUGACGCACCUAGUAGCUGGUCGUGUUGUCAGUGGUUUAGCGGUUGGCAUAACCUCGUCACAAACACCAGUCUACAUGUCAGAGCUCGCACCUGCACGCAUUCGCGGACGCAUAGUCGGCGUUCAACAAUGGUCCAUUGAGUGGGGAAUGCUUAUCAUGUAUCUCAUAGCCUACGGCUGUGCAGUUGGCAUAUCGGGACCAUCGGCGUUCCGGAUCUGCUGGGGCAUCCAAGCUGUUCCAGGCCUGGUCUUGUUCAUCGCUCUUUUCUUCUUUCCUGAGUCACCGCGUUGGCUAGCUAGUAAAGAGCGAUGGGAAGAGGCGCUGGAUACCCUAGCUCUUCUGCAUGGCAAAGGCAGUCGGAAUGACCCAGUUGUGCAAAUGGAAUUCGAGGAAGUACAAGAGGCUGCCCGUGUUGCUCACCAGGCCAAAGAUGUUUCGUUCCUGGCAUUGUUUGGACCUCGAAUCUGGAAACGCACACUCUGUGGAGUCAGCUGUCAGGUCUGGCAGCAGCUCUUGGGAGGCAAUGUUGCUAUGUACUACGUGGUUUACAUUUUUGAGAUGGCUGGAAUGACCGGGAACUCAUCUCUCUACUCUGCCGUCAUCCAAUAUGUCAUUUUUGUUUUCACGACUGGUAUCAUGCUUCCAAUUAUCGACCGAGUUGGCCGAAGAGAACUUCUUUUAAUAGGAUCCGUUACCUGCAUGGCUGUUCACGCUAUCAUUGCCGCCGUGAUGGCAACCAAAGGACAUGCUGUCUCCGAAGUGAACGGCAAUUCGAAUUUGACUUGGGAGAUUAAGGGUAACGCUGGUAAAGCUGUGAUCGCGUUCUCAUAUAUUUUUACUGCUAUCUACGGCUUUACUUGGGCUCCUACCGCCUGGAUCUACGCUGCUGAAGUCUUUCCCUUGAAGUACCGUGCCAAAGGAGUUGGUCUGUCGGCUUCAGGAAAUUGGAUAUUCAAUUUUGCGCUGGCAUACUUUGUUUCACCCGCCUUUCACAAUAUUCAAUGGAAGACGUAUGUCAUCUUCGCAGUAUUUUGCUUCGUCAUGACAUUUCACGUCUUCUUCCUGUAUCCUGAAACAGCAGGACGCUCUUUGGAGGAAAUUGAUAUGGUCUUUGACUCGAAUGUCAAGCCAUGGCGGACCGGACUCGUCAAGGAUACCUUUGAGGAUCAGAUCGAAAGGCACAAGGGUUCCGGUAAGGAUGUUGGAGGGGUCGAUCAUCAAGAGGUGGUUUAA